AUGCUCGCUAGCUCUCUUCUCAUCUUUACUUCAGCUGCUUUGGCUCUAGCCUCACCUGUUGAAUAUCAUGGCCGAUGUUCUGGCUGUGAAUAUGGAAAGCCUGUACCUGUGCUUCCUGUUAAUGGCGGUCCUUCCGAACUCCCCGCUCCUCCUCGAGAUGUAACUCUGAAGCACAUUGCCCUUGGGUUUGGUAUUCAGAAUUAUAGCUGCGCUGAGGCUGGUGCUACCCCUGCAGCUAUCGGUGCUUUGGCUGUUCUCUACGACGUUACCAGCCUCUAUCCAGAAAUGGGCUCUCUCCCUUCUGAUGUUCUUAAUACCAGAAAAGUCCCUCUAACCGCAAUGAUGACAGUGGUGCCUCGCUCACUAAUCCUUUCCCCAAGAAACAACCUCUCAAGGUUGAAGGUCUCCGCAAAGCAUCCCUACCUUGGUCGCCACUUCUUUAACGCUGCUGGUGACCCCGCUUUCGACCUCGACAAGGCCAACCAGCUCCUCAUUGCUAAGAAGAUAGACGGUACCAGCGCUGUUGAUUGGCUCUACCUGGGGGAUGCCGGUGGCAGCCAGGUGUCUCCUUGUUACCGCGUCUUGACCGCAGGGGGUGCUUCUCAAGGUUGCAAGGCCAAGGCACCGACAGCACCUCUUACACGCUCUCUAUUGGUUUACGGUUAA